GCGUUACGUCGCGGCAUUAGGGCAAGAUGGCUGCGCCCUAUAGAUUUUCUCUUGUCGCGUAAGUUUUUUGUACCUCGCGCGUGUCAGGUUCAAAGUCACAUAGAUUUUUCUCCCAGCAUGUUCUCCGUCCGAGGCUGUGGCCGCUGGGCCGUGGCUUCCCUCGCCAAACAGCACCUUCGGUUGGCCCGGUUCUGCGGUGACAGCGCGGCACCGGGGACUCCGCACUUCGACGUGGUAGUCAUUGGUGGAGGACAUGCCGGGACCGAGGCAGCCGCUGCUGCCGCUCGGUGUGGCUCCCGGACUCUGCUCCUCACGCACCGCGUGGAUACGAUCGGUCAGAUGUCAUGUAAUCCUUCCUUUGGUGGCAUCGGAAAGGGGCAUUUGAUGAGAGAAGUAGAUGCCUUGGAUGGCCUGUGUUCUCGCGUCUGUGACCAGUCUGGUGUGCAUUACAAAGUGUUAAACCGGCGUAAGGGACCAGCUGUGUGGGGUCUGAGAGCUCAAAUUGACAGGAAACUUUAUAAACAGAAUAUGCAGAAAGAAAUCCUGAAUACCCCACUGCUUACUGUUAAGGAAGGAGCUGUGGAAGAUCUUAUUCUUACAGAACCAGAGCCCGAACACCCCGGGAAAUGCCGUGUCAGUGGUGUUGUUUUGGGUAUGUACUGGUUAUAGAUGCCAGAAGAUCAGCUGCCAUGUUACUUGACUCACACUAACCGUAGAGUGGAUGAGAUUGUCCUUGAGAACCUUCACCUCAAUAGUCAUGUUAAAGAAACUACAAGAGGACCCCGAUACUGUCCCUCCAUUGAAUCAAAGGUUUUGCGUUUUCCAAACCGUCUGCAUCAGGUUUGGUUGGAACCGGAAGGAAUGGAUUCUGACCUUAUCUAUCCCCAAGGGUUAUCUAUGACGCUACCAGCUGAGUUACAGGAAAAAAUGCUUACAUGCAUCAGAGGCUUGGAGAAAGCUAAAAUGAUUCAGCCAGGCUAUGGUGUUCAGUACGAUUACUUAGAUCCCCGUCAGAUCGCUCCUUCCCUAGAGACUCAUUUGGUUCAACGGCUCUUCUUUGCUGGACAGAUCAAUGGCACCACUGGUUAUGAGGAAGCUGCAGCUCAAGGUGUGAUAGCUGGAAUCAACGCCAGUCUCCGGGUCAGUCGAAAGCCUCCCUUUGUCAUUAGCCGAACGGAAGGCUACAUAGGAGUCUUGAUUGAUGACCUCACCACAUUGGGCACCAGCGAACCCUAUCGCAUGUUUACCAGUCGAGUGGAGUUCCGUUUGUCUCUGCGCCCUGAUAAUGCUGACAGCCGGCUCACGUUUCGAGGGUAUAAGGAAGCUGGCUGUGUGUCCCAACAACGAUAUGAAAGAGCUUCUUGGAUGAAGUCUUCUUUAGAAGAAGGCAUUUCUGUGUUGAAAUCCAUUGAGUUUUCAAGCUCUAAGUGGAAAAACUUAAUCCCAGAGGCUUCUAUAAGUACUACCAGAAGUCUGCCUGUCAGAGCUCUGGAUGUUCUGAAGUAUGAGGAAGUUGACAUGGAGUUACUAGCCAAGGCUGUUCCAGACCCCUUAAAGAAGUACACUAAAUGUAGAGAGCUAGCUGCAAGACUGAAAAUAGAAGCCACUUAUGAAUCAGCGUUUUUCCAGCAACUACAAGAAAUAAAGGAAGUUCAGCGAGAUGAAGCUCUCCAACUACCAAGAGACCUAGAUUAUUUGUCUAUCAGGGAUGUGUCUUUGUCCCAGGAAGUUCGAGAGAAACUGCACUUCAGUCGUCCACAGACAAUCGGGGCUGCUAGUCGUAUACCGGGAGUGACACCUGCUGCCAUCAUCAAUCUGCUCAGAUUUGUGAAGACCACUCAGCAGAGACAGGCAGCUACGAACGAAUUACCCAAGACUGGCCAAUACUUACGUAAUACAGACAAACUUCAAGAGAGAGAGCUAUAGCUUUCAAUUCACAGAAGACUUCUAAAAAGUGUGUGAAUAAUUUAAGCAAUACACGAGUAUAGAUAAGAGAUAAGAACUAUUUAGCACCUGUUAAAAUAGCUUUAUUAGGUUAUUAUGAGUUUGUCAUUAAUUUGUGAAGAGGACAGAGAUUAUAAUUAUGCUUUUUCUGUAUCUGAAAAAACUAGUUGUAAACUAUAUAUACUCUUUCUCUAAGAAGCUCUAAUAUGGUUAGCCUGUUCAUAUAUCUCUGUGCAAUGUUCAUCAAAGAGAGAUACAAUGAACCUAAAACUAAACCUGAAAAAAAAAAUCUCAA